AUGAUUGAACUAAGAUUAGAAAAAUUUGUACGUGAUAAGUUUGCAUUUAUACAGCAAUCUAAUGAAUUAGACUACACCAGUUAUCACUUAAUAGGAGUGUUGAUGGUAAGCCGUACACAAGGUAAAACCGACGAUAUUGGUAAUUGGUGUCUCUAUUUGAGAGACUAUUUUACUGAAGGUGAAUCUGUUUGGAGAGUAUUUGUAGAUGACUCUGAAAUGCAGAUCUCUUCAGAGCAAGUAAUGGCUGAUAUUCGUGAUAGUGAAUAUAAUCAACGAAUGCCAAAUACAUUCUCAAAGGCAUUUAGACCUCUUUAUUUAUUUUAUGGAAAUUAUGAUAUUUUAUUACCAACUGAAAAUAGUAACAGCAAUAUUGAUAAUGAAAAUAGAGGGCCUAUUAUUACUUUAGAUGAUUAUACAUUUGAUGAUGAAUAUUAUGAUGAAUUUGAUCAGCAGCCAGAUUCUGUUCCUGAAGAAGAAAAUGAGCAAUGUAUGCAUUGUGGUAUUAGAAAUAUUAUAGAAGAUGUCAAUGAUAUGUUCUUUUGUGAGUCUUGUAAUAGGGGAGUACAUCAAUUAUGUGAGGAUCCUCCUAUUCAAGUAUUUGAAAAGGAUAUCGAUCCCUGGUUUUGUCGAACCUGUUCUAGAGCAAAAAACUUGCCCAUUCCAACACAGUCGUCAGAUACAUCUUUGAUACAAUGGGGAGCCCAGGACAAAAAUGAUAGCAAUCAUUUAUUAACCAAAAGAAAAAGAGAAGAUAAUAAUAGCCUUUCUACAAUAAUAGAAGAAACAGAUAUCAAUCAUGAUAACGACAUAAAAAAAGUAAUAAAAAAAUCAAUAUAA